GACACUACGCCACCAUGAUGCGCUCCAACCCUCCACAUCCUCAGUAUCUAGUCUGAUUUCUACUCCGGAUUCACCGUGCUCACUAGUCCUUCCUCUUUCUCGACUCCAGCAGCUGCGGAGGCAUCUUCCCUUCUCUCUCUCCCCCUCCUGAUUGAUCUUUUCCUCCCCCCCUCCUCUCCUCCUCCCCCGAUGGUCGUGAUCUGAGCUGCUGUCGCGACUGCCGACAGCACUGCCACAAUGAUGCACUACAACCCCAUACACAUCCUCAGCCUCUCGACAGUUUGACCUAUGCUUCAUGCUCGUCGUGCUGACCAGUCCUUCCUCUUCCUCGGUUCCAACUGUGGUGAAGGCGUCACCCCUUUUCUCUCUCCCCUCCCUCUCUCUCUCCUCCUUCCGUUUGAUGCCUCCCUCCUCUCUCUCUCUUCUCUCCUCCUUUGUCGAUGACUAUGAUGUGAGCUGCUGCUGCAGCCAAUGAUACCACCGCCGCCAUGAUGCGCUGCAACCCUCUACAUCCUCUGCUUUCCAGCGGUCAAUUUUGUAUGAUCACGUUAAAAGUCGAAGUGCAUGGGCAAAUUACAAGGCAGUGAAUGCGUAGUUUUCUUUAAUAUUUUAGAGUUCUGUUUCCGGGAGGGACGCCACGACCAACGCCUUCUCAACAACAGCUGUAACUUCCCGCACGCGAGCUGUCUCAGCGGAUCACGGUGACCCAAAUUAUAGAAGCAGCGCCCAGGAGAAGAACUCGCAGUGGGAUCGGCCGCAGCGAUGUCGCACGAGCGUCACGCAUCGUCCGCCACUGUUCUCGUGGCUGAAGAGGACAACAUGUUUGUUGAUAUAUUGCAAGAAGCUCCAUUAUCUGUUCAUCGGCAGCGUAGAAGCAUAUUUGGCAGUGUUAUGUAUUGUCUCUUAUUGGUAGGUUAUGCUGUCGUGGCAGCAGCAGCUCCUUGGAUAUUUGUUCUAAUACCAAAACUGAUACCAACAUUGCUCUGCAGUUCAAAUGUCAUCCUUCUGAUAGUUACAGGCAUAUUCCAGCAAUAUUUGGUUUACCAAGUUAGGAAAGUGCGCUUGCAGGGUUAUUACACUUUCAGCCAGAAAUUAAAGAACAUUGCCCGCCUUCCAUUUGCCACUGUUGCUUAUGGAACUGCUUUGAUGGUACUUGUCUUAGUCUGGCAACCGUAUAUGCGUAUAUUAUCUGUCUCAACAUUGCUAAGGAUUGUCAUGUUUGUUGAAGUCAUAUGUGCUGGAUGUUUCAUGAGUAUGUAUAUAGGGUGCAUCCAUCAAUAUAAUUCUUUAAAUGGUCAACCAGAUGUCUUGAAGUCACUUUAUUCUGCUUUACAGCCAUCUAGUUCAUUGGAGGAGCUGAGAUAUCAUGAUGGUGGCCGCCUUUCUGAUCAACAAAUGGCGUUGUUGCAAUACCAAAGGGAAAAUCUUCAUUUUUUGAGCGAGGAGGUUCUCCGCUUACAAGAAUGCUUAAGCAAAUAUCAACGUUCUGAUGAUGGAAGUACUCCGCAGGUUGACCUUGCUCAUCUGCUAGCAUCUCGUGAUCAAGAACUCCGUGCUCUAUCUGCUGAGAUGAAUCAGGUGCAUUUGGAGUUACGCCUUGCCCGUAGCUUGAUUGCUGAGAGGGACACCGAAAUCCAGCGCAUUCGUGUAACCAACAAUGAGGUUCUAUUACAGUAUGUUGAGGAAAAUGAAAGACUGAGAGCUAUACUUGGAGAAUGGAGUGCUCGAGCAGCAAAGCUUGAAAGAGCAUUGGAAGCAGAGCGCUUGUCAAAUAUGGAACUGCAAAAGAGCAUAGCAAAACUGCGAAACAAGCCAGCUGGUCCAUCGGCUGAAGACCAUCAAGCUUGAAUCUUAUAAGAUAUGGAUCCGUCGAGAGCGUUGAUUCACAAUUGAUGUAGACUGUGAUGUACAUGAUGGCCAAAGGCAUCUACCGGAGAUGCUUGUGGUCUUUCAGGCUGGAGGAUAUCCCAAGUAGUGCUAAGCGAGGCAAAUAGUUGAUCUAUGGUCCAGUGAUGAUCCAGUUAUUUUAAUUUGACAUUUGAGAUUUUGUUGAAGUGCCGCUUGUACAUAGAUGCAGAAGUUUCUCAUUGUUAUUCUGUGAGUUAUAAUGUGGUACAUCAAACUUCUUGAUGAAUUCAAAGCAGGGAACCUUGUGUGAUGGGAAUCAUAAGGGAAACGGGUUUGCCUUGUGUGAUGGUUA